AUCGCACGAAGUGCCGAUUAUAAACUAAAUAUUUCGCAUAAAUUAAAUAAAAUUAACUUAAAUUGUAAAAAUGGCUGAUGCAGAACACGAGGUCAACGGCACGGAAGUGGAGGAUGACGAGCAAGACAGCAACCAAAAAAAGUCUGAUGUGAAAAGACACGACGGCGGUGCGGCAGAUCUGGAAAGGGUGACGGACUAUGCCGAAGAAAAAGAAAUAUCCGCUGCUAAUAUUUCCAGCGCCAUAGAGCAAUUUGGCAAACAGCGUAAUAAAGAGAAUGAACUGCGAGUGGCCAAGGAGAAGGAGCUCCAAAAAGUCCAGGUCAAAAAGGAGGACAUAGAGUUGAUUAUGAACGAGUUGCUGGUCAGCAAGGCGCAAGCCGAGAAAGUGCUGAGGGAACAGAGCGGUGACGUGGUGGCUGCCCUGGAAGCCAUCAUCAGUAACUAAGAUACUCUGGGUUCCUGGCGUCUUGGCCGUCAA